AUGUCGCAGUACAUUCCCCAGGUUUCCGCCCAAUCCCUUUCGGAUAAGAUCAUUCUUAUCACCGGUGGCGCUAACGGGAUCGGCGCGAGUCUCGUAUUUCAAUGUUUGGAAAGUGGUGCCAAUGUUUGCUUUGGUGACCUCGACAACAUUGAAGGCGAGCGCUUACUGAGAAAGGCUCUUGCCCAAUUUCCCACGGAGGAGCCAGGCCAGACCCCACGGGCGAUCUUCCAGUCGACUGAUGUCACCAACUACCAAUCAGUGCUCGGCUUAUUCGAUUUGGCCUUCAAUACCUACAAGCGCAUUGACCAUGUCGUCUCUGCAGCGGGAAUUAUAGAAAUCGGUAAUUGGUUCGAUUUCGGAUUAACUCUGCAGACAGUCCGCCAGACUCCGACCCACAAAGUGCUGGAUGUCAACCUCAUUGGAUCCAUGUACGUGGCCCGUAUCGCCUCGGUCUACCUGCGCCAUAAUCGUGGCCCCGGCGCCGAUCGAUCCAUCGUUCUCUUUUCAUGCUCCUCCGGGUUCAAGCAGAGCCCCUCUCUGUUCGUUUACCAGGCAUCCAAGCACGGCGUAGUAGGUCUUAUGCGCUCACUGCGCAGCUACAUCUCAUCUCCAUACAAGCACAACAUCCGAAUCAACACCAUCUGCCCAUGGAUGACCGAGACCGACAGUAUUAAAAAGAUCAAGCAUCAGUGGAAGGAAGCUAGCCUCCCAACUAAUACCCCACGCGACGUCUCCUAUGUUGCCGCGGGUAUGCUGGCUGAUUUAUCUCUCAAUGGUGAAUCCAUGUUCAUCGAAGGUGGACGCGCCUGGGAGAUUGAGCAGAACAUCGAGCGGCUCGAGGCUCAAUGGUUGGGUGUAGAGCCAUCCAAAUCUCUCGCCGCUGGACAAGAGUUACUGGACGAUGGUUCUGUUUGGACGGCUGUUCCCCGGAAAAUGAGUAAUAUCUCUGUUGAUGGUAUCCCUCCAGGUGUUCCCCUUGCCAAGAUCAACGGCGUCGAUGGUCGCAAGAACAGCCUCUCCAAUGGGUGCGCUAACGGACACGCUAAUGGGAUCGCCAAUGGUGUGCAUUGA